AUGCCGAAAAGAUCUGAACUUAGUUCUGAACAGCGUCUAAGAAUUAAGAUUUUACAUGAACAAGGCAUGUCUCAGCUUAAAAUAGCCCGAGAAGUGAAGUGCUCGCGAUGUGCAGUUCAAUAUGCUAUAAAUCGCUUCAAAGAGACUGGCACCCAUGAAAAUAGACCAAGAACAGGCAGAAGAAAAGUUACUACUGAACGGAAAGAUCGAUUGUUGAUUAGGCAGUCUCUACAAAACAGGAAAAAAACUGCUUUAGAGCUCGCUGCAGCAUUAUCUGAGGCAAAAUUCAGCUCAGUGAGUGUUUAUACUGUGAGAAGAAGACUUCUUAAAGCUGAAUUAAAAGGAUGUAAAGCAAGGAAGAAGCCGUGGCUGUCAGAACACAAUAAGAAAAAUCGGUUGGAGAGGGCACUCAAACAUAGAGAUUGGUCAGUGGAAGAUUGGUCCAACAUACUGUGGUCAGACGAAUCUAACUUUGAGGUGUUUAGAACACCCGGUGUGACUUAUGUUAGGCGAAGGGUUGGCGAAGAAUGUGUGGUUCCCACUGUUAAGCAUGGUGGAGGCUCAAUAAUAAUCUGGUGCUGCAUGGCUGCCGACGGAAAGGGCGAAAUGGUGUUGUGUGAGGGACGAAUGAAUAGUGUUAAAUACACUGAAGUUCUGGAAACAGCACUAGCAACGUCGAUAACGCAAAUUUUCGGUGAUACAAACACCGAUGGCCUGAAAUUUCAGCAAGACAACGCCACUUGCCACAAGUCCGCGCAUACCAUGAAGUGGUUUGCUGAAAAUCAUAUUGAUCUUUUGGACUGGCCACCACAAUCACCAGACCUCAACCCCAUUGAGCAUAUUAUGACCAUUUUAAAGAAAAAUAUCCGCAGGCACUCAAUUAGCAAUAAACAAGCUCUAUUGGCCGCGUUACAGCAGGAAUGGAAAAAUAUAUCAAGAGAAGAAUGUUUCAGGCUGGUAGAGUCAAUGCCAAAAAGAGUGGCUGCGGUUAUUAAGUCAAAAGAUAUAAAAGGCGCCGUUGGUCCUGGCGGGGCGGUGUUGGAGCGAAACGCGUCCUUAGACAACGUGCGAGCACCGAGAGGAGAUCGACAGGACUACGAUAAGACUAAAGAGAUCCUGGAACGUAUGAUCAAGUACUGUACCCAGGGCAACACGGCGAGGGAGGGGGGCGACUCGAGACCGCGGAGACACGAACAGAGGCUACUGAGGAAUAUAGGAGUACAUAAUGUAGUGCUGGACCUGCUGCAGGUGCCACACGAUGAGGACGACGCUGCUAUGGACGAGCUGCUGGGCCUGGCGCACGAGUUCCUCCAGCACUUCUGUCACGGGAACACGCAGAACCAGGCCAUACUACACAAACACCUGGAUCUGUUCCUCAACGCUGGAAUCCGCGAAGCCCAGACGGUGUGCUCGAUAUUCGAAGAGAACGAGAAGGUCGCCGCGCACUUCGUACACUGCAUCGAAUCCCGCGGACGGAGGCCCGCCUGCCUCAAGUUUCUGAGAACUAUAGUACGAGCGGGACCUCACCAUAUACGGAGGAGCCAGGACCUGGUCAUGCAAGAAAUGCUGAAUGCCGGCGAGGACGUGCUGGUGUUCUACAAUGAUAAAGUACUCUUCAACUACUUCAUCAAAAUGAUGAGGGAGUACAAACAGACGGGAGAGAUGCCUGAAGCUCUCACGUACCACAUAGACCUCAUAAAGCUGUUAACAUGCUGUACCCUCGGGAAGAACGUGUACACGGAGAUCAAGUGUCACAGUCUGCUGCUACUAGACGACAUAGUGGCCAUGAUCACACACCCUGACUGUAUACCAGAGGCCAAUCACACUUAUACAUAUGUAACAUACAUCCAUGUAGCUGAAAUCGUGGUAGUAAUUAAUACUAUCGCAACUUAG